AUGAACACGUUGCGAAGACGAAGAGUUUCAGGAGGUAAUAAUGAAUUUUCAAUUUUUUUUUGUUCCGUCUCAAUCGGACUUCUUUUUCGAAGUUUUAUUUCAAUUUCAUUUUUUACAGAAGAAGAAGAAGUUGUGACAAAGAGAAGAAGAGGAAUCCCUUUGAUCACAGAGGUUGAAAGAAAACUUCAAGAUAUAAUCGGUCGAGUUGGGGAUAAGGUAUGUUUACUUAUUGUAAUUCAAUUGUUUAAUUUUUUUUAAAGAGAGCAAUAAUUUCACGUUUUUAAGGGCUUGCAGGAGUUUAUUUUUUGAGAGUUUUGCUGAAACUUAGUGGAUCAUCUUUAUUCCUAUUGAGAGAUAAUUUUUUUCGUCUUUGGUUUUUGGUUUAGUUACAAUAACCAUGUAAAUACGCUGUAAUCUGACGAUUUUAAAUGAGAUUAAGGAAUUUAAAAAACUUUUUAGUCUUUUAGUCUUGUCAGUUACUCGCGAUAUUUAAUAUGUUUUCAGGGUAAAAACUCGUCGAUCGAAAGUAACUUGGAAGGAUUGUGCAACUUACUGCAAGACGAUCUCGAUAAAUACCGCACUAACAUCAUCGACAUUUUAGUUGGAUGGUGAAGAAGAAGGAAAGAUAAAAAUAUUGGUUCGAGCAAAAAUUUUAGUGUCAUUUAUCUUCCUGAGAAAGUUACUGUUUAUUCCACGCUAGUAGGACUUCUUAACGCGAAGAACUUCAAUUUCGGCGGAGAUGUGAGUAAAUCGUGAUGAGUGAAAACGUUAUAAUAUUUUCGUUUAGGUCGUGGAAAAGGUUAUUGCUCAGCAGCAAGAAAUUCUCGACGCCGAAAACUACGAACAAGCUAUGAAUAUUGUGAGCUGCGAUUUAUUUUUUUAACGUCCUCAUUUUGCAGGCUUUGUUCCUUUGCGAUCUCGGAAAUUGCCGCGUUUUGACGCUUCAGUCUAUCGGGGAGUAUCUCGAAUCUUUCGUGUCUGCAGCUUUUGAGGAGGACGUUCCUCAGGUAUGAUUCCUUUUUUUUUAACUUUUGCAUAAAUCGUUCAGAAAAAGGAUGAAAAAUGUUUUUCAGGUGAGAACCGAUUGGUUCAUCUACACUGUGUUGCACUGUUUACCGUGGAUAGGAGCUGAAUUGAAAGACAAAGCAAACGAACAGUUAGAAAACAUUUUUGAAGGCGUGGGAAAAUAUUUGGAAGCGCGAAAGCGGGACCACAUCCAGGUAACCACGUCUUGUUGAUUUUUCUGAGUCGGGAAUUGGCAGAUUCUGCAAGUUUGGCUGGGUGGAGGCAGUCCUCACGAACAGGAAGACUAUCUGGACUGUCUCUGGGCGCAGAUCGGAGUGCUGCAAAAGGCCGACUGGAAGGAAAAGCACAUUCCGCGACACUACAUUGGCUUCGACGCUGUCCUGCAGGACGCUCUCCAGCACAACCUGCCGAGGUUUAGUAACGGGGUCGCACUUCUGAGAUUCUCCUGUACUUCAGUUUCUCUGCCCCGAGUCACAAGCCGUCGUCCAAAUAUCCGUUCCCAUACGUUGUGUUUCGUCUUUUCGACUAUGCCGACUGCCCCGAAGACGUACGGAUUCUGUUCAGAGUCAUCCUUCACUUCAUCUUUUUAGAGCUCUGUCUUGCCGGGCGCGCAUUCUAUUGAGCGUUUUUUGAUCGAAGAAGAGCUCACUUGGAUAAUCCGAAAGAAUCAGUUCAAUCGCAAGAAUUGGUCAGUUUUUUCUAGACGUCUUUCUUCCACCUCCCUUUUGCAGCGCACGCGAGCUUCUGGAGUAUGCUCACGAGUUCCCGAGCGUCGCCAUGGGAUAUAUGAUUUUUGAAGUGAAUCACGCAUUUAUGAUAGUUCCGUAGCGUUGAUGUUUCAGGUCAUUUUUGGACAUUUGUUUCGAUUGCCACACUCGCCUCAGCCUGCUGUUUUCUAUGGUACUUUUUUUCAAUCGUCUAGGGUCCGCAUUAGUUUGAAAAUAUAUUAGUGUGACCGUCGGUAGAGAACGCAAAGUUCUAGUGGAAGUAUAUUGGAGAGCAAGAACUAAGGAGAAAAAAAAAAACUGUUUAUAUAGGCUGAGGAAGAGAUCCCGAAGACUGUGAAAUGUUCCAGGGUGGAGUUUAAAGAGUAUAUAAGGUAAGUAUUAUAAGGGAACAUUCAAUGGGCUUGGAGAUCUUUCCCGAAGGCUAUAGAACAUUCUGAAAUCAUUUAGACCUUUUAGAAAAAUACGGAAUUUUCUAGAAGGAAAGCUAUGAAACUGAUCCCGAUCACGUAAUAAAACCGUGAAGUCUAGAAAAGGAUAGAAUGUUCUGGAACAAGCCUAGUAUAUAGCUUAUUCACGGCUGGCUUGAACCAUCGAAAAAAUGGUCCUGACACGAUAAUGCACGAGACAGCGCCUGGCUCGUUGAGAGCGCAGACAGUACACGCCCCCUUAGCGUCCCAAGCUGGCCGUGAAUCAGCUAUAAGCCUGAUAUCCAACAUUUCCUGUGUUAAGGCGCUCUUCUGUUGGAGCUGUGCCGUCUCCAAGCGUCGACUUAUCCUCAGAUUCUUGUUCAGUCGGUAGAACUUCUCUAUCAACGCGCCGACACAAUGCAGCCAUCUUGUGUCGACAGGUUCGCGUUUUCAACAACUCUUUUGAUUCGAAUUUUCAAAUCAACUUAAUUCAUGGUAUAUUUUUGAUCCCUUUUUUUUGACUGCGACAAUCGGUUUCACAGUGAUCAGUUUAAACACUUGAAAGUUUUAUAACAGGCAAAUUUGUUAAAUCUGCUAUUUUUUACGCCAUGUUCAAAGUGAUUUUGCGGAAUCUGAAGUUGUCGCUUGAAAAAGAAAAAUAUAACGAAUUUUUGGAGGGUCAGAGGAAAUUAUGCGUUUUGUGGAAAUUACUUUAGACACGGAAUUUUUUUAUAAUACCUGAGACUGCAAAACGCAAUCUGAAAAAAAUUUCCCAAAAUAAUGAGUUAUGUUGUUUUGAGAAGCAAUCUUUUGGGUUCAUUCCUUUUUCAUUCUUUUAAAGUUGAAAAAUGAAGCCGAAAACCGUUUUUUACAUUCUGGAAGAAAACGUAAUGUAAAAUGCGUGUAAAAAGUUUCAUAUAGUCACAUUGAGCAGAUGGAAUUCUUUCAGAUUCGUCGAUUGGUUCAGCUUCCAUCUCUCGAACUUCCAGUUUAGAUACUCAUGGGCAGACUGGAAAGAUUGUUUGGAGGUGCGCAUAACUUUUAAUAUGUCUCUGAAAGCUUUUUUAAGAAAGAAACAUGGUCUGGAUGUUUGAUAUUUUCUCGCGAGGUACUGGAAAAGUGUCGUCGGCUGGGGACCUUUGAAAAAAUCACCCAGGCCGUUCCGGCAGAAUUCGCCAAGGUUUUGCCUCCACGGCCCAAUAUCCGAUAUAUGCUCGAUGACGGUUUUUAUUAGUUUUAUUUUUCUAAAAAAGGAAAUCAUUACUUCAGAAGCGGAAGCCGGCUAUGAGCGAGCUCAGACUUUCAGCCAGAUGUUCCAGGUUAGUGUCACAGUUAUUUCAAGUACCGAAUUGUAUUUUUUGAAUGAAAUUCAACCUUAAAGGCUCAGUUUGCUUUUUAUGGAGGAUCGAAAAAAUUUCUGUGAAUAAUUUCUUUGUUUGUGUGAAGGAGCGUCAACCCGCUGAAGCUUUCACGGCAGAGCUGAAAACAGACGAAGAAACUGGAUACAACAUUGAAGAGUUCGGCAUCUUCUUCUCGGUUUUCUUUUUCCCAGGAAUGCUUGAGAGUCAGAAUCAUUUUUAUAGGUUAUGUUGAAAAUGGCGUCGAAAACAUACAGCCAUAACUUCGCUGCCUUGUCCAAGUUAGUUGAAUUUCGGGAGUUGUGAUUGGAUGAUUUCGUACAGGUAUCAAAACACAUUGAAAACCAUUUGCGACUUCUCAGAACGGUUCCAGGAAAAGUUGCUGGAUACUCUGUAUGAUUGCUGGAAAACGAAUCAGCAGGUUUUCCAAUGGAAAAAAAAUGCCAGAGCUGACAAUUGAAUUAGAAAAUAUUUACAGAUGAUGAUGAUCCUAAUUGAUAAGUUAUUGAAAAUGCAAGUUUUGGAUUGCGGCAUGGUAAUCAAUUGGUUAUUCGACGAGCAGAUGCGCCACGAACAGGACAGGUUUCGUUUGAGGCUCAAAAAAAACUGGUUUUCGGUCUCAGACAGUGGCUCUUCGAAGUGCUGAACAUGGCGUUAGAGAAGCUCUCGAGCCACGUCGUCACCAUCGAGAAAGACUACAAAGCGCUGAAGGAACGCGUUGAAGCGGCCGAGAUCCAGCGAAACAAACGCGAGGAAGGCAUCGACGGAGUCCCUGCCGCGGACGAAGAAGAGGUCCUGAAACAUUUCUUCCACGUGCAAUUACAUCUCCGCUGGUGAACUGCGAGGAAUCGUAGUUUUAGGAGACAGACAGAUUCUAUUUUCAAAAUCUUAUUUUUCUCUAAAUUGGGAAUUUGCACAGUUAAAUUCAUGAUAAUUUUGAAAAGCAUUGUCUUAAAUCUACUGGUACCCUAAAAAAAGAAAAAUACAACCCAUCUUUCCAAAAAAAUUUUUUUGAUAUUGAAAAAAAUUUCUGUUGUUUUGAAAUAUACUCAAACCACGUCAUCUAUUCAUUUUAUCUAUGCUAUUUUUUUAUUUCUACAAAGAUAGACGGGCUUGUGAUUGCUAAUAUAUCCAAAAAAAAAAACAAGAAAAUAAAAAAAGAAACAUAUUUUCAGAUGGACGACGAGUCUCGCGCCAAAGAUAUUGAGGAUCUAGAGAUUCAACGCGACAAAUUCGAGAGCCUGGCGGAUUUCCAGAAAAGUCUGUUUUUCGACGUCUUCCAGGUAUUCGUAUUGAAAGAAGUUCUCAGUUGAAAAUGCCUUCGUAGAAAUUCACGACCCAACUGACCGACCUGAAAGUGAACAAUGAGGCUGAAGGAAUCGAGUUCCACACCCCCGCCUACAACUGGCUGCGGGGACGUUUCCAGCAAGUCUUCAUUUGGGUCCGUUCUUCUAUCGUAGUGAAAUUUUUUUAUUGAGUAUUUGCAUUGCUACCGAGAUAAUUUCCGAUUAAAAAUACCACGUGAGAACUAGCUUUGAACCAGACUAAAUUAUAUGAAACGAUGAGUUCAAUCUGCUGCGAAUGUCGAGAACUCAAGUUUGUACUUUUGUCACAACAUACAUCUAGACUCACUAAAAAUCAAAAAAGGAAAAAAGGAAUUAGAACUGAGUCAUAUUAAUUCAAAAGGUAACCAAUCCUAAUGAUCCUGAAAGUUCAAUUUCAGCACAAUGAUGUGGUUUGGAAGUUCACGGAGUCGUUGAGCGAGGAACUCUUCACGGACGACACGGACGCUCAUGUCAACGAAGUCUUCCGCCAAUUCCUGUCUCUCAAACUGUGA